AUGAAUCAUAGCUCUCCAUAUGAGCCAUCAUUACAGAACUACCAUAGAGAUGACAAUAUUGAUCAGUUAUUAUCUACCGAGAUACUAAUUACAAGUCAGGAGCUAAUGGAACUGUCCAUCAGUACUAGAAUGACAAGUCAAAUACCAGCAAAUCCUAGCAAUAUAUCACAUAGUAACUUAACCUCGAGACAACUAGCUCGAAGAAGAUAUCGACAACGUCGACGGCAGCGACUUCAAGAACAGCGGGAAGAGCAAGUUCGACAACAGCAACAAAGAGAUCGCCAACACCGACGGCAGCUACAACAAAAUCAAAUACGAAAUCCACAGCGACAAAGACAAGGGCGACAACGGCGGUCAAGCCCGACAUCAGCAACCCGCCAUAUAACCAGAAGCUACCAUGACAUCGAACGGGAACGUCGAUAUUAUUUGUCACUUGGUUUUCCUGAAGAACUAGAUGACAUAGAUCCUGCUGAGCUUUUAGAACUACUCGAAUUGGAAAACAUGGACCCAGUUGAAAGAGCAGCACAGCAACAACUCGCACAAUAUGAACAAUCCAUUCAACCACAGCGAUUAACAUCGAUUCUUCACAACAUUGGACAUUCAGCACAAUAUCAAACAGAAGAAGAAUUAUUACAAGCACAACAAGCCCAACGAAAUGAACUUGAAAGACAUAUGGAAGCACAACUAUUGAUAUUACGACAAGAUCAACUUGAACAAUCCUACCAAAUUCAAGCUAUCGAAACAUUAGAGACAGAAGACUUUCCUUAA